AUGAUAAGAGGGACAUCGGAGCAUGGAUAUGCAGUUCUAGAUGGUUAUCGUCAUAUGUUUAUGACUAUAAAUGAAGGAAGCAAGACAUCGUUAAAGCUUGAUGACAAGGGAAGGUUCAAAUAUUUUUUUGCAUCUUAUGGAGCUUGGAUUAGGGGGUUUGUGCAUAUGAGAAAAGUUUUAGACGUUGAUGGAACAUUCUUAAGAGGUCGUUAUGAUGGAGUUUUGUUAUCUGCUGUCGCACAGGAUACAGAAAAUCAUGUUUUUCCUGUUGCAUUUUGUGUAGUAGAUAAGGAAUGUGAUGCCGCAUAUGAGUACUUUUUUGAGAAAUUGUUGGACAUAGUCCCUGAUACUUCAGAGUUGUGCAUUAUUUCUGAUAGGCAUCCAGGCAUAGAAAAAACACUAUCAAAAUUUUACUCUGAAGCAUACCAUGGAUGUUGCACGAGGCAUCUUGGUGAAAAUGCCCGUAAAAAUUUUCAUUGUGGAGCUUUUCUUAGACAUUAUUACCAUGCAACAAAAGCAUAUCGGAGAGAUGUGUUCCAUGACCAUUUUGAACAAAUCCGAAUUAUCAAUGCGGAGGUCGCUGAUUAUCUUGAAAAUGUUGGGUUUCACAAAUGGAGUAGAGCAUAUUUUCCAGGAAACAGAUAUGAUGUAUUGACCUCAAAUAUUGCUGAGUCAGUUAAUGCAAUGUUCAAUGAAGCAAGAGAAUUUCCCAUUAUUGCCUUGUUCAAUGAUAUAAGCAAGAGAUGGUCGGAAAAAUUUCAUGAGAGAAGAAUGGCAUACGCCAAGUUAAAAACCACAUUCGUUCCUUCAGCUGAAACUAAAAUAAUGGCUAAUAAGAAUCUGGGAAAUAAAUUAUUGGUCCAUCAAAUUGAUGAAGACACCUUCAGCGUCACCGCGGACAAUGAAAUCGCAAUGGUCCAUUUUCGAAGUAAAAUAUGUUCGUGUCGAGAGUUUGACUUGGAUAAAACACCCUGUCAACAUGCUAUGGCUGCGCUCAGACACAAAUUUGGAGAUGAAUAUGGCAAGAUGAUUUAUGAGUACUCUUCUCCGUAUUAUAAGGUAGAGUCAUAUAUACUUGCAUAUGCAGAUCCAAUCUAUCCAGUACCAGCUGAAGAAUUUUGGAAUCUUUCUCUGGAAAUUUUAGAGAGAGUAAUACCUCCACCUGAAAAGAAAACUAAACUGGGAAGGAAGCGGCUGAAACGAGUACCUACUAUAGGAGAAGUGGUUUCAAAGAAAAGAAAUAAAUGCUCUCUAUGUAAAAGAUUUGGCCACAAAAAAACUUCAUGUCCUACGAGAUCGAAUGAAGUUGCAGGAACAAGUAAUGGUGUAGUUUCAUGA